CAUGGAUAACCAAACGGAUUAGAACUUGUGACCGGGUGCUCCGUGAACUUUACGGUUUACUCCCUACCUUCAGGCUUCAAACGUCGACCUUCGUCUCCCCGUCACCCCUACCCACUCUCUUUCUCGCUCGCUCGCUCUCGAUUUCUCUGGUUUACUGGUUUGCAUUUUACAGGAGAGAGCAACGAAUUUGCUGAGCACCUAUAUUUGCUUUGAUCCGUUUGGGAGCUCGAUUCACUGGUUUCGGUAGGAGAUUUUCACUUCCAUGGCUCCCCCAGCUCCAAGAACCGGAGAUGCAGUCUUUGCCAAUGUCGAGCGUGUGAAUGCAGAGUUAUUUACCCUAACCUAUGGGGCAAUUGUACGGCAACUGCUUACGGAUCUGGAGGAGGUGGAGGAAGUUAACAAGCAGCUUGAUCAAAUAUCCAUUUUCAGGGGUUACAAUAUUGGAAUUCGAUUGAUUGAUGAGUUUUUGACGAAGUCCAAUAUCUCCAGAUGUGUUGACUUCAAGGAGACAGCUGAAGUAAUUGCAAAGGCUGGCUUUAAAAUGUUUCUGGGGGUCACUGCAUCUGUGACCAACUGGGAUGCUGAUGGAACAAGUUGCAGUCUUGUUUUGGAGGAUAAUCCCUUGGUAGAUUUUGUUGAGCUUCCGGAUACAUGCCAAGGUCUAUAUUAUUGCAAUAUCUUAAGUGGAGUUAUCAGAGGGGCUCUAGAGAUGGUAGCAAUGAAGACUGAGGUCACAUGGAUUCGAGAUAUGCUCCGAGGUGAUGAUGCAUAUGAGUUACGGGUGAAACUCCUGAAACAAGUCCCAGAAGAGUACCCAUACAAGGAUGACGAAUAAUUUACCAUUAUGGAGAGUAGCUUCAUGUAUAUGCUACUUUUGAUUUUCUACAUUACUCAUGCUUAGAAUUUGAGCAUCCAUGGCUUUUUACCCUAGCAUUUCUCUCAAAUUUUUACUAGGGUAUCUGCAAUAUUUCAUUAUUUUUAUUUUUUAUGGGUAUUCAAUAUUCUAUUAGUUAUUUGACAAGGCAUUGCCAUAUCAUCUUAGAGUUGAGGUUCGGAAUAUCAUAGCAUAUGGGUGUAUAUUGUAUGAUAUGUAUUGUAUAUUUACAUGGAUUUUCAGGCCUCUUGGAACCAAAGUUUUGAAAA